AUGGCUGCCAAACACUCUGCCGACAGCUGCGUCAUACUGGAAGCCGGCGUCUUCUCCCUUCUCAUUCGGGCCCGGGUAGGAGCUGACACAUCUGAUCAAGUAAACGAUAUUAAUAGCAUCGCACGAUCUUACAUACUCCUGAAGCCUAUUGCUCGUGCCGAACAAGCUGUCAAACAGACGCUCGCCAAUAAUAAUGCAGCAAGGGUCCUGAUACUGCCAAAGAAGGCGCUCCCGUCCAAAGGAGAGCGCUUCAUGGCGUUUGUCACCAAAGCACAUGCAUCAGACGAUGACGUCAAGGACGAACUCACCACAUCGGCGGAUUACGAGACAAAAACAGCAGGCAUCCAUCAUACGCCAGCCGCGACAAAGGUCUGCGAGGGCACGUAUACACUGUCGUCGGCGGGUGGUCGAACUCAUCUGGUUUACGUGAUAACGCAGCCAGAGACACUGGGCAAGUUUCUAAGGGAGCAUCUCAAGGUCCAAGUCCGAGGAUGCUUUUUGAUCAGUACCAGAAAUCCUGCCUAUGAAGGCCCGGCCAAUGUACAGCUCCCUGUAGGGCCCGAGUUUCCAGAGGAGAUAUUGAGCGAUUUUCGAUCCCUGCGCUGGAUUCCAUCGACUCCGUAUCAUCUCGACUAUACUAAUGCCCAGUUUCUGCUUAUUGGUGAGAAAUCUGUUGUUGAAGAAGACGGCGAGUCUGAGGAUGUGGACCACGAGCUCGAGGUCAAAAUCGAGGAUGUAGAUAUGGUCUAG